UGCAGCUUCAAAUUCACUCUCUAUCCAACCCGGUUAUCUGCCAAUGACGUCCCGGCUUCCCAGUUCCCAUCUGCUGCCCCUCCUUCUCUGUCCACUGGUUGUAAGACUCGCAUCUCGAGACCAUGAGGAGACUUUCUCGGAUCCGCACGCGCCGCUUUGCUGCACCGCUGGUCUCCUCCCAGCUACGGGGUCCAUUACCUGUUCCUUUUGACUUUCGUGGUUACACCCAACUCAGCAGUAGCUCUUGUAUAAGAACGCGGUCGUCGCCCUGCCCUGCUCCUUGUUUGUUGUCCAUCUCAUCACACCAAUCCAAGUACUACAACUUCCAUCGUCUAUAUUUGACACGCUCUACCAGCACUUUCACUCCAAUCACAAAUAUGUCUCUUCCAAAGCUUCAAUGGGCUCAGGUCGUCGAGGAGGCCGGCGGCCCCGUUAUCUACAAGCAGAUCCCCGUCCCAACACCCGGCCCCGAUGAGGUCCUCGUCAACAUCAAGUACACUGGUGUCUGCCACACAGAUCUGCACGCCCGCAAGGGCGACUGGCCCCUCCCGGUCAAGAUGCCCCUUGUCGGUGGCCACGAAGGUGCCGGUGUCGUUGUCGCCAAGGGUCAGCUUGUCAACAACGUUAACAUCGGUGAUCACGCUGGUGUCAAGUGGCUGAAUGGCUCCUGCCUCUCUUGUGAAUUCUGCCGUACCUCCGACGAAUCUCUUUGCCCCGAUGCAUCUCUCUCUGGCUACACUGUCGACGGAACCUUCCAACAGUUCUGUAUCGCCAAGGCCGCUCACGUCUCCAUCCUCCCCAAGGAUGUUCCCCUGGACGCCGUCGCUCCCGUUCUGUGCGCCGGUAUCACCGUCUACAAGGGUCUGAAGGAGUCUGGUAUCCAGCCGGGUCAGACCCUUGCCAUUGUUGGUGCCGGUGGUGGUUUGGGUUCUCUUGCUCAGCAAUACGCUAAGGCUAUGGGUCUGAGAGUCAUUGCUAUUGAUGGGGGUGAAGAGAAGAAGGAACUGUGUCAGCAGUUGGGCGCCGAGUCCUACGUCGACUUCACCAAGUCUAAGGACCUCGUUAAGGACGUCCAGGCCGCCACCCCCGACGGUCUCGGUCCUCACGCUGCUCUCUUGUUGGCUGUCGCCGAAAUUCCAUUCCAACAGGCCGCCGCCUACGUCCGCCCCCGUGGUGUCGUCGUCGCUAUUGGUCUGCCUGCAGGUGCCUUCCUUAAGGCUCCUGUCUUCAGCACCGUUGUCCGCAUGAUCCAGAUCAGGGGUAGUUAUGUCGGUAACCGACAGGAUGGAAUCGAAGCCAUCGAUUUCCUCAGACGCGGUCUCAUCAAGGCCCCAUUCAAGACUGUUGACCUGUCUGAACUUCCCAAGGUCUACGAACUCAUGGAACAAGGAAAGAUCGCUGGUCGUUACGUCCUUAAGGUUCCUGAGCCCGACCUUGCCUAAACGUUGUACCGCAAUCGAAGGCCACUGGUGGAAUCGAAAAGUGAGACAUAGCCUCGUGGGGAAGGUUAAUAUGUGAUUAUUCUUACGGAUUUUUCUAUUGCUUGUACCUUUUGUUAUAUUUUAUUAUUUUUUGGAGCGUUGUAGAUAUGAUUUUCUCCUCACGAAUGCGACUGGAAUCGAUGCAAGAUGAAUCUUUACUCCUGCCAGCUGUGCGCCGUAAAUGUGGAAUUUUUCGGUUAUCGGGUUCGGUGCUAGGGCUUCACUCACUGUAGGAACAGGUAUAGAUACUACCAAUUGGACAUCAGUCCUUGGAAAAGAGCUCAUGAUAUUCCCAGUCAAGCUACAAGCUAACUUGCGCGCGUCAUGGACAGUAGAUGAG